CCCCGGCUCAUUGUGCUCGCCUCACGCAGGCCUGAGUUCGCAGCAGCGCUGGAGGCCCGGGGCCUGUGACCACAAAGAGGGAGCCGCGGGCCGGACAGGAGCGCGGCGGCGGCGGCUGAGGCCCAGGCCAGGCCCCCUCCCCUCACUGCCCGGCUGCCUGUUUGCUCCGCCCCCGCCGGCGGCGCCGCGCCCCUCCCCCAACCGCCAGACUAGCACGGUGCGGGGGCGGCGCGCGAAGACAUGGGGGAGAAGCUGGAGCUGAGGCUGGAAUCGCUCGUGGGGGCCGAGCCCGCCGUCUGCCCGUGGCCGCUGCCGUUCUACGUCCGCUUCCACUGUCACAGUCCUGCACGUUGUUCCAAGAGCAGCGGAAAAUGAAUCAGCCUCUGAACUCUACUGCAACAAUGAUCAGUGGUCUACUGAACUUGUGUAAGAUGACCAGAAGUUGAAGUAUGUUUCCUGAGUUUCUGGGAAGGCCUGGUUUCCCCAAAGGAACGAUUUCUGGUAGAAGUCUGAAGGUCUGACCCAAGAAAAAUAAUCCAGUAUAGCCAAUGAAUUGAGGACAAGAAGUUUUCCAAUCAGGUUUUGAAAGUUUGCAAGACUUCUUUUCGGCCGGAACCGCCAUCUUCCAGUAAUUCGCCAAAAUGACCAACACAAAGGGAAAGAGGAGGGGCACCCGCUACAUGUUCUCUAGGCCUUUUAGAAAACAUGGAGUUGUUCCUUUGGCCACAUACAUGCGAAUCUACAAGAAAGGUGAUAUUGUAGAUAUCAAGGGAAUGGGCACUGUUCAAAAAGGAAUGCCCUACAAAUGUUACCAUGGCAAAACUGGGAGAGUCUACAAUGUUACCCAGCAUGCUGUUGGCAUCAUUGUAAACAAACAAGUUAAGGGCAAGAUUCUUGCCAAGAGAAUUAAUGUGCGUAUCGAGCAUAUUAAGCACUCUAAGAGCCGGGAUAGCUUCCUGAAACGGGUGAAGGAAAAUGAUCAGAAAAAGAAGGAAGCCAAAGAGAAAGGUACUUGGGUUCAACUGAAACGCCAGCCUGCUCCACCCAGAGAAGCACACUUCGUGAGAACCAAUGGAAAGGAGCCUGAACUGUUGGAGCCCAUUCCUUAUGAAUUCAUGGCAUGAUGGGUGUAAAGAAAAUAAAAGACCUGGACUGUAUAAA